UAGCAGCAGCAGCAGCAGCAGAAUGGUGCAAGUGCAGAGAGCCAUGGCUCUUGUCUGCCGUCUCCUCCUCCUCCUCUUCCUCCUGGUGGCCCUGCAUGCCAGGGCUGCCCGGGCUGCUCCGUAUCGAGCACGGGGAGCAGACGAGGACGGUGGCGACGGUUAUCCAGCUUCUGAGCUGGAUGUUGGCUUGGAGCCCUCGGGGCAUCCUGGAGAUCCUCUCGUGGUUGGCGGCUUCCCGACUUCUUGGCCUGUUCCCGUCCUGGAGCCCGAGCGCAGUCCCACAGCCCUGCCUGUAGGCGAAGGUGAUCCAGUGUCCCGGCUGGGUUCCAGGACCGAGCCUCCGGCAGUUCGCGUGGGUCGUCCAAGGGCAAAGAACCAUGCUGAAGGAGGAAAAAAGUCCCUGGAGUCGUUGGAAGUGCUAAAGCAAGCGCUGGAGGAACUGGAGAAAAGGCACGAGACAGACCAAGAGGCUGGGCAGGAGCAGGCGUUUCCGGAAGGAAGCAGUGGCUUGCUGCCACCCUUUGUCAAAGAGACGGAGGCGAUGCAAGGCACCGGCAUGCCAGCGCUGCCAAAGCCCCCAGGAGACUCCCACGACGGUGCGCAUGAAUUCUUCCAAGUGGACUCAGGUACUGAGCCAUCUUGCUGGGGUCCCUACGUGGGAGACGCGUCCCGAGACCGGGCAGUGGCCGCAAGCAGUGCCCACGCUGGGGAAGAGGCAGAAGGGGAGGGCAAGGCGCAAGUGUCUUGA